AUGGCAUUUGGACGGACAGCGCCGCAACGCGAGAAUCACACGAAGUCAUCUGCCCAUCAUGUCAGCCAGGGCACCAAGCCGCUAGCGUCAUACGCCCUUCUUACCUUUGUUACACGACCCUGGAACAGACAAGCAAACUGGAUCAACGCCACGCGCACAGACAAUGAUCGCAACAAUUUGCUCCUGGCCAAUCACCCAGCAACCGGUUGUCCCUUUGAGGCCCGGGCGGAGCUGGUCAGCCAAUCACUGGUGGCUGCCAAUGGCUUUUACGAAGCCGACACUGCCUUGGUUUUGAGCUUAACUGUUUUAAGAAUAGUUAAGUUUCUUCCGCACAUGAAAGGAACUGGUCACAGGUUGUUUGGUCACAAAUGGCACAGUUCUGGUCUUUCACCUCUAAAAGCCCGGAAGGGUUGUCCUCGCCCUGCUCAGGGCCUUGGGUUGGACGAAGUGCAAAAUUCUCAGCCCAACAGCGGCUGGGCACGCUGCCGUUCUUGGCACGGAAUCAGUACCGCAUUGGGCCUAGUCGGGUUUCGAAUACGAGGCCAACGCAUGCAAGCGAGCGCCGAGCCUGCUGAGCUUCCUGAUCCGGCAUAG